CACCACCACCUGGAGCCGGCCCCGGCUUCGUCGUCUCCGCUAUGAAGCCGAAGCUGCGGCUGUGGCUGCCGCUGGCUUUUCUGUGCAUGCGCCUGCGCGUGGGUCUGGUGGAAGUGGAGCAGAAGUUCAAGGUGCCUUCGGACCUGGCACAGCAGGUGGCGGCGCUGAAUGGCCGGUCUUUGGGCGCCCGAAGUUUCCGGGACGAGUACUGGGACAACGAAGCCUGGCGGCUCUGCACCCAGGACUGCUGGCUCCGGCGACGGGACGGCGCCUUCGAGUUGAAGCGCCCGGCGAGUGGCGGCUCGGAGCGCCGUCGCAGCGGUGGGGAGACCGCGGAGUUUCAGGAGAUCACGGAAGAAGCGGAGCUGGUCGCAGCCCUCAAGGAGCUCGGCGCUUUGGAUUCGGCCGUCGGAGUCGGCGAGCGCCUCCCGCCAGCGCUGCGCUCGGCCGGGCUGGCGCCCUUCGCCGCCUUCGGCACGCGCCGCGCCAGCUACCAGCUGGGCAGAGUUCAACUCGAUGUGGACGAGGCGGACUUUGGGCAUGGCGUCAUGGAGAUCGAGGUGAUCUGCGAUGGAAGCCCUUCGGCGCUGGCGCUGGCGCGGCAAGACAUCGGCGAGGCAGCAGGGCUGCUGGGGGCCGAGCCGCUGGAAGCGAGCAGAGGGGGGAAGCUGGAGACCUACAUCCGGCGAUGGUAG